UGGCAUCUGGCCACAUUCAUGGCGACGUGCACGAUAGUAGUUGUUUGAGUCAUGGUGGUUGGAGUUAUUGCGUUAACCGACCGCAGUGCGUCGAAUGCCUGACUGGUUAAUGUCUAAUCUGCUAUGUUCAAGAGAAUGGCGAAAUAUUUUAAGCUAAGCACCUAGACGACUUUUGUGUAAACACCUCUGGGGUUAAGCAAAAUACAAAUGAUUUGGAGAAAGCGAUGGCAACGACCUUGACUGGACUUCGGCAUCUAGCGCUUCCGAGGCUUCGAAGAAUUGCACCUGCUUUGUGCCUGACCGUUCCUAAGCAGCAGUCACGCUCACGGAGCGACCUCUUUGGAGCGCCGAGACUAGGGCCUCCAGAGGUAUCAAAGAUCCUCCGAAGCAAUGAAACGUCAAGAGAAGUACAAGCCCGGUCUCUGCGGUCCUUCGAUACAAAUCAGCUUGCGUCCAACAGCCCCAUGGAGGACCGCCUUGUUAUUGCUCGUUGCCUGCUCACUACGGGACAUUUAUUCGGCGUGUUCGAUGGACACGGUGGACCUGGUUUUGCACAACUUGUGAGCCAACGCCUGUUUGACUACAUAGCACUCUCUAUUCUUCCCCACUCUCUACUUAAGGAAUACAUAGAACAAAAUAAUAGGACACAUCUUGUUCAAGUUAUGCACUGUAUAGACUCUUUAACAGACGAGCAAAAUCAAGCGCACUUUGACAGCCUCUAUGCCUUUGCUCGUAAACUGCUUUCAAGUGUGGGAAGGCCGUUUUCAAUGCAAGAUGCCCUGCACCAAGCUUUUUUGCAACUGGAUGCUGACAUUUCAUGUGAAAUAACUGAGCAAAAGUGGCAAGACUCCCUUCGGUAUGCUCUGAUGGGAGCCUGCGCCUGCGUCGUGCAUGUGGAUGGGCUGCAUUUACAUGUGGCCUCGGCAGGUGACUGCAGAGCAGUACUGGGAAGCCUCACUGAAGACUCCAGCUGGCGAGCCAAGCCACUCAGUCUGGAGCACAACACAGACAACAUAGCAGAGCUUCGCCGUGUGUUGAGCGAGCAUCCAGAGUCUGAAAACAACACAGUGGUGCGACAGGACCGGUUGCUGGGCCAGCUGGCACCACUAAGGGCCCUGGGAGACUACAACUACAAAUGGCCUGUCAGCCAGGUGACCAAGCUUCUGGUGCCAUUGGCUGGACCUCAUGCCCUGCCACAUAACUACUGUACACCUCCUUACCUGACUGGUGCACCUGAAGUGACGCACCACCAUCUGGGCCCCCAUGACAAAUUUUUGGUGCUGGCCUCUGAUGGCCUUUGGGAGCAGCUACAACCACAUCGUGUGGCAAAGCUUGUGGGCCAGCACAUGAGUGGCCGGCAAACAUUGGACCGAUUGCGCCUGCCACAGCCCAACAUGCGCCUCAUCCAGGUGGCACGCAUUCUUGCUGCCCGCCAGAAAGACUUGGCCCAGAAACCUACAGAUGCCAAUGCAGCAACUCACCUCAUCCGCAAUGCACUGGGGCGCACUGAAUAUGGCAUUGAGCACAGCAAGCUGGCUGCCAUGCUGGCACUGCCACAAGAAGUGGUGCGCAGCUUUCGUGACGACAUCACUGUUGUUGUCAUCUACUUUGACUCUGACUUCCUUCGGCUUUCACCUGCCGGCUAACAGCUCUGGACAUCAUCUAUUUAUUGCUCCGUCUUCAUCUGCUUCACCCUCUCAUUGUGAUAUUUUAUGUAAAAAUAUUUAUUGUGCAGAAAAAGAAGCAAGAAAAACUGCCACUGCCAUGGUGCUGAGGCACAUAGCAGCUAGAACAAGGUUUGUCUAGUCUACAAAAUGUUCCACGCAGCACAAUUUCAGAAUGUGAAAGUCAUGGCAACCAGGUGUUCAGUCCCGGUUGUUACGAUAGGAAUAGCAACAACUUGAAAAAGGGUAAAUAGUAUAUCGGUGUUUGAGGACUGCUCUGGACACCUCAGUGUGUAGUAAUUACCUUAGGGUUCUUAAUAAAUUAUGUUCACCGUCUUA